CCGCGCCAUUAUUACCUCAGUGCUUUUUCUUCUAAAAUUUUAUUAGAGAAGGAGGGUAGCGCAGCGUUUUUCGCUAAAAGUGGUAAAAAUUUUUCUUCAUUUGCAAAGUUUCAAAAUUUACAGUACUCGGACUGAUGGAAGCUGUUUCGACAAAGUGAAUCCCCAAACUGGAGUUAGUGAUUGCCCAGCAAUGCAAACCUAUUGCACCAGACGUGGUUAUGUUCAGCUGAUGAAGGAACAGUGUCAAAGAACUUGUGGAUAUUGCAGAAAAUACAUUGGAAGCUGUUUCGACAUGGUCAAUCCACAAACUGGAGUCAAUGAUUGCUCAGCAAUGAAAUUCUAUUGCACCAACUAUGGUUAUGUUCUCUUAAUGAAAGAACAGUGCCCGAAAACCUAUGGAUACUGCAGAAAAUAA